AUGGUGGAUGGAGAGGAGAUAGUGGUGGUGAGCGCUUCAGAAGGGGUGAACACCAGGGGGAAGACACGUACAACAUCCAAAAAGAAGGACCAAGCAGGAGCAAACGCCGCUAUCCGCCUCCUAGAAACGUGCCAGAAGCUAGUCCAAAGCCAGCAGUCUAAGGGCAAAACAAAGAUAAUCAGCAUUGACAGGAGCCUGUUUGAAGAGCUAAUUGACCGAGUCAAACAGUGCGAAAAGAUUACUGAGGAUAGCCUCAGUUUCAAUAGAAGUAGCAGCCAGAGCGCGAUUGGAUCUACCAACUUGCGUAUUACCACCCCCCUAGUGCAACAGGAGGAGAGUAUAAAUGCAGGCACAAAGGAAAAGUUCACGAGAUACAUGGAUGUGAAAGAGGCGACCAACUGGAUCACCAGAGCCCUACAAAAGCAUGAGACCACGAAGGAAACAGAGAUAGCAGGAGUAGGCGUAACAAAGUUUGGCUAUGUUAUAUGCUUUAAAAAUGAGAAAUUAAAGGAGAUAGCCUCGAAACAUAAUGAAUAG